ACGGUUGAAAAACAAGUCAAAAAGUUCAGUUAACACUUUCGAGUCCUGGCUAUCGGGUUGGAAAAUAGAAAAGCUAAAAAAUUAUUUCGUUCAACAGUGGCUUUACUCGUUCAACUGGCACCAUACAAGUUCCUCUACAAACAAGCAGCAAGCUUCAGAAAAUGGCAUUCUGUGGCCACGUUAGCUCCUCGGGACAAAUAGUCCUGCGGGAUGAGAUCUUCACCAGCAGAACACGCGUCGCACGCUCCUCGUCGUCCAGAGACUCACCAAACUCCAUGUCUUCGCUUGGCCAGAACACCACCACACGCACCUACUUCUUCAAGGACGACGGAGGAAAUCCUUCGCCCCCAACCACGGAUAACUGGUCGCAGGACGGACUGCAGCGAUGGGAGAACAGACACAUGAAGGGAAUCAAGGUGGACCGCCAGCCGGAGGCCGCCUACGAGAAAUGGUACUCCGCCAAGCGGCGGCAGCUCCUGGAGAAGCAGCGGCGCAUCAAGGAGGAGCAGGACUUCAAGCAGCAGGGGACGGAGGAGCGCAAGGAGCUGGCCAGGAUGUGCUACGACCAGUGGCUAAAGGACAAGAGCCGCCAGGCGGCCAACCUGCAGCUGGAGAAUCACAUCCAAGAGGCGGCCAUGAAGGCCAGCAUAGCUUUGCGCAAAAACCCCCUGGUGCCUCUGCGCAAGAAUCCCCUGGUUUCCGCAUCCAGCUCUCUGGGCUCCGGGCGGAGCUUCUCGACGGCACCCAAGCCCAUUCGCAAGGUGUCCAAGGACGAAAUCCGCAGAGUCGUGGAGGACUGGUGGCUCAGGAAGCAGGGUCAGCAGCAGGCGCAACGCGAGGAGAAGCGACGCGCCAUGUUGUCCAAGGUCCUGGAGGAGGAACAGCGCCGGCAGGACGCCCAGGCUGCCUGGUCGAAGUGGAUGAGCAACGUGGACGCCAGGCCCAAGCCGGUGCCCCUCAACCAGGGCAUGGACUCAUUGCGCGGCACCAUCUCUCAGCUCUACGUGAACCCAACGCCAUGGAUGGGUGCAGUUAACCAGCCGCGGAUGUAGUCAUCUCCGUUCAGAUUUCCUGUGACCGUGCGAACUUUAUUAGAUAACAUACAGUGAUGUUGCGCUUGUCGAAAAAUAUAUACACCGUCAUGGUUUAAGAACUACAA